ACCCGCAACACAUUUUUCUCAGAAGCCCCUAACAGCAGUUGUGCUCUUCAUCUCCAUCACCAUCAUCUCCAGACAUUUACAUCGAGCCGCCAUGAGGGCCCUUCACGUCCUGCUGCUGUGUGUCCUGGGAGCUGCACUGCUCUCCUCAGUGCUCUGCAACAAUGGACUGGGUCCUGAUGAAUGCUGCUUCGGUUUUUACCGAGGACAACUGAGGAAAGCUAGAAUCAGUUCCUAUCAAGUCACUGAUUACAGGUGUCCGAGGAAGGCCGUCCUUUUUACGACAAAGAGGUCUCUUAGAAUCUGUGCGGAUCCAAAGCUCCAGUGGGUUCAGAGCAUCGUGAAACGUUUGGAUGAAGAAUCCUUGUAAACCAGGUGCCCGUCUGCAAAUCAACAAAAACAAGAAGAAGUUACUCCUGUGUCUGUUGCUGCAUCAAAUCAAAUUCUGUGAAAUGAUUUCACUGUUAAUGUGCAAACCUGCCAUGACUGAUCCCAGCUUCUGUUUGCUCACUGUCUUUUGUGUUUGUAUUAUCCACAAUUAUCAUAAAGAAUAAACAUUAUACAUUUACAGUU